AACUUGCACAAUAGACUUUACACCACAACGUUCCAGAUUAGAUCAAGCAAGUGGAAAGAUUAUAAUUAUUAAUAAUAUAUUUAUAGAAUUCGCAAUAAUUCGAUACGAUAAAAGAAAGAAUAUAGUUAUUUGAUAUUGUUAAAGAAAAAAAAAAAAAAAAAAAAAAAAAGAAGAAAAAAGGAAGAAAGAAAAAGAAAAAGGAAAAAAAAUGACGACGAUGGGCGAACCACUUACUUUAGCGCGAGAUGUUAAAAGAUCCAUUGAACUUCUUGACAAACUGCAAAAAGGUGGUGAAGUUCCAACAACCAAAUUAGCUGCAUUACAAAAAGUAUUACAAAGUGACUUUCUCAGUGCUGUAAGAGAAGUAUACGAACAUGUAUACGAAACCGUAGAUAUUCAGGGAUCACAAGAUGUACGUGCAUCAGCUACAGCUAAAGCCACUGUUGCGGCAUUUGCGGCAAGCGAAGGUCAUGCACAUCCAAGAGUAGUAGAAUUGCCAAAAACUGAGGAAGGCCUUGGAUUUAAUGUAAUGGGAGGAAAGGAACAAAAUUCUCCUAUAUAUAUAUCUCGAAUUAUUCCUGGAGGUGUUGCAGAUAGGCACGGUGGAUUAAAACGCGGAGAUCAGCUUCUUUCCGUCAAUGGUGUGUGUGUCGAAGGAGAAAAUCACGAGAAGGCGGUAGAACUUUUGAAACAAGCUCAGAAUUCGGUUAAGCUUGUUGUUCGUUAUACUCCACGAGUUUUAGAAGAAAUGGAAUUACGUUUUGACAAACAAAGAGCUGCACGUAGACGUCAACACAUGCAAUAAAUUGAAAAAUUAAUUAGUUUUAAUAAUAUUUUACA